AUGGCUAUAGAUCCUGAAAGUUUUUAUGGAAAAAGGAAAAACUGCAAAAGCACCUUUGAAGAAAAUAUUGAGAAAUAUAAAUUGCUAAGAAAAAUUAAGACACAUGAUGAAGGAUGUGAUAGAAAAAAUAUAAAGAAAAGAUAUUUUUAUAAACAACAUGAAGUUCUUUCAUAUUAUGAUGAUUUGAUAAAUGAUAAAAAUAUAAGUGGAUAUACAGAUAUAAUUAUAUACACAGAAGAAAUGGAAAAUGGGAAAAGAUGUUUUAUUCUGGAAUCAUUUUAUUCAUUUUUAAAAUAUUAUUGUUUUUAUGCCAUGUCAUUAAAUGAAAUAUAUUUUGUUAAAAAUGAAAAUAUAAAUAAAGAAAAUACAAUUAAUGAGCAAAUACAACAUGACAUAGACAACAAAAAUUCAAUUAAUGGAAAUCCUGAUAUGCAUUUAUAUGAGCUUAUUUUGACUAAUGAAAAACGAUGGUUAUAUUUCGAUAUAGAAUAUGACAUAAUAAAUAAUUACGAAAAUAAAGAAUCUAUAUUGUUUAUUUUUCUUAUCGAGUUUUGUUUAUUUAUAUAUUCAAAUUUUAACAUAAAAAUAUGUUUAAAUGAUAUUUUGAUUUUAGAUAGUUCAACAAAUAAAAAGGUAUCUUUUCACAUAAUAAUAAAAAAUAUACACACACUUAAUAAUGAUUAUUAUGAAUAUUUAAUAGAUUAUUGUAAUUUUUAUAUAUCACAAAAUGAAAAGGAACAAAAAUCAGGCAACCCAUUUUAUGAUAAAUAUAAAAAUAAACAAUACAAAAGAAAUCAUAAUAAACAAAAUGAAAAAAACAAACCGAAGGAACAUAUUCAAGAAUAUGAACAAAAUUAUUUACUCUUUGAUGAUGAAAAUUCUAUAAAACACUUCGUUGAUUUAUUUUUAAAUCAUAUAUCUGAUCAUAUAAAAUACUGUGAAAAUUGUUUUCUUGUUAAUCAUACAACCGUUUAUAUAGAAUGUGAAGAUUUAGUAGAAUUAAACAAUAAUACAAGUUUUGUGGACACAAAUGAAAUAUAUAAUAAUAAUAAGGAAAGUCAAAAUUUUUCUGAUGAAAAAGAAAAUAAUCAUAGUGAAGAAAAUAAUCAUUGUGAUGAAAAUAAUCAUUGUGAUGAAAAUAAUCAUUGUGAUGAAAAUAAUCAUUGUGAUAAAAACAACAAUUGUGAAGAAAAUAAUCAUUGUGAUGAUGAUUUACAAAAAAUAAUAAACGACUUUAGUGAAGUUACAGACAUUCAACAUAUCAAUUUCAAUUCCACGUCAAUCCCCUUCAUUCAAAAUAUGAAUAGAAAUAAUUGUGAAGAAAAAAAAACAAAAGGAUAUUUUCAUUUGUAUAAGAACUCACUUGUUGAUAUUAUUACACAUUAUAUAAAUUAUUUGGAGAAAUUAAAAGAAGGGGAAAAGUCAUAUUGUAAUUAUAUUGUACUUUUAUAUGCUUUUAAAAGAGAAGAUAAUUCUGAUCAGAAUUUGGUUUAUGAUAUGAAUAUGUUAAAUAUAAAGAAAAACAAUUUUGUUAGUAAAAAUGAUCUUAUACUAAAUGAUUGUGAUAAUACAAAUAAUAAUUAUGAAGAAAACAAUUCAUUACUUAUAAAUGAGAAGGAAAAUAUUAUAAUAGAAGAUGAUAAAUAUAUGGAAGAACUAAUUGUACUUUUUGAAAAUACACCUUAUAAUUAUGAACACAAUGAAUAUAAAAAAAAAAAUAAUAAUAAAAUUCAUACUUUAAAAUGUAUUAUUGAUAGUUCAGUCUAUAGUAAAAAUCGAAACUUCCGAUUAAUUUUUUCAAGUAAGAAAAACAAAAAAAAUAAAUUAUUAUUAAGUACAAAAAAUGUGAAGAAAUAUCAAAAAACAGAUAUUAAUGAUAUUAUACUCAAAAGUUUAGUUACUUUUUAUUUUAAAAGUGAUGUAAAUUAUAAGAUAAAUGAAGGUAGGUUUUGUAAUAAAAAUUUGUUGAAUAAUACCAUGAAUUAUUAUUUUGAAAAUUUAUAUGAAAAGAAACAAAUCAAUAAUGAUAUAAAUGAUAUUAAUAUUAAUAAUACACAUAAUAUUAAUAAUAAUAAUAAUAAUAAUAAUAAUAUACAUAAUAUUAUUAUUAAUAAUAAUAAUAUACAUUAUAUUAAUAGUGAUAAUAUAAAAAAUGUUGAUUUUAAAUUCAAUCAUAUGAAUUCUUCAAAUAAUUCAUUUAAAUUAUUAAAACAUAAAAAUAUAUGUAUUCCUAAAAAUAAUACCUUUGAUAAAUAUGUAAUACAAAAUCUAGAACAUUUUCAUAAUAUUUUAAAAAUACUCUUUUUCUGGAAUUUUGAGUUAUAUAAAAACUUUAGAAAAAAUAAAAUAUAUCUCAAUUGUUUUCAGAAUGAAAUCAAAAAAGAUUAUUUUUAUAAGAUCGUUCGAAUAUAUAAUAAUAUGGCAUUUGAAAAUUAUAUAAAGGAGGAUAAUUCUAAUAUGAAGAAAUAUAAUGAAACAAAUGAACAUACUUUUGAAGAGAAAUUCUCUUUAGAAAAUUCGAAGAAAAUAUGUCAACUUUCAAAUAUUUCUGAGAAGGAAAAUGAAAGCAAAGAUAAAAAUAACGAACCAAAUCAAAAUCAAAAAGAGAAGAAUGAUAAAAAUGAACCAACAUAUAAUACAAAGUGCGAUUUAAAAAUUGAAGACAAAAAUUAUAUUAAUAUAAAUAAUAAUGUACAAUUAAAAGGUUCAAAUAAAUAUAAUACUAUAUGUACAAAAAAAAAAAACAUAUAUGAAUAUGAUCUUGAUAGUUACAAUAAUUUAUUCCUAAAAAGUGAAAAUUUCUAUAUAGAUCUUUUAAAUGAAUAUAAAAAUGUUUUUUCUAAAGAAAUUCGUCAAGAUGAUUUAUCUCUUUUAAUAAAAUAUUUCGUACACUCAUUUACAUCAAAUAAUGAAGAAUAUAUUAUUAGUUUGAAAGAUAAUAAAUUUUGUAAAAAUAAAAAUAGGUCACAUAAAUCAAAUCAUAUAUAUAUAAUUUAUAAUUAUAAGAAAAAGCUCUUUGUUCAAAAAUGUUUUGAUCAUGAGUGCGCGCACUAUAUUUCGGAAAUAUACUAUUUGUGA